AUGGAUGGACCUCGACUUCCGAUGCCGACCUUGAGAAUCUGCGCAGAUUCACGCGCAGCUCGUCAAUAUUCAUGCGGCCUGUCGGGCGGUGCAACGUGCCCCAUGCCGGCGUCGGGUCUGUGCCCCUCGGCAGGCGCCCAUGUAAGUGAGUUGACGUGCAUGCAGGACAGCAUCUGGCCCCGGCCGAUAUGGGCGCAUGAUCACCGCCAUAAAUUGCACGCCGUAAUUAUAGACGGGCCUGGACGUUUUGCAAGCUACGGCUCUCUGUAUGCCAGCGCAGAGACGGGACCUCCAGCCACCCAGACGGAGAAGUACAUGCCGUCGUCCAUGGUUAACUGCAUGAAUAGACUGCCGCCACAACCGCACGUGCCAGCAGCUUAUACGGGGUCACGCAUCGACGGGCAGCUUGUUCAUGGAAGCAAGCAAGCGAGGCACCCGUCCCGCAGCCUUCUAUGUGGUUCGAAGGGGGGGUUGGAGGCGGUCAAUGCGGCCGCGGCUCUUCGCGAUGCGCGUGCCGGCGGCUGA